AUGGAGCGUCUAGGCCCCAUCGAGCUUCUGAGUUUCCGUAGCGUCUGCAAGGCUUGGAACUCUGCUUCUUCCACUGCCUCAGCUAAAAUUGAAUCCACACCAGACUUUGAACCUUGGUUUCUACUGUAUGAUGAGGAUUCUGAUCAUAAAUGCCAAUUGGUCACAGAAACUGGUAAGAAGUUCACCAUGAGACUUCCGGAACUGGACGGAACAACUUGCCUUGCAUCAAACCAAGGAUGGCUUCUUUUGUUCAAGAAACAAGGUCUUGAAGGUGAAGCUGUUGGUAAUUGUGGUGGUGCUUCAUCAAUGUUCUUCUUUCAGCCCUUCUCCAAAACAAAAAUAGACCUUCCGGGAUGCCCUUUCUCUGAGCUCUCGGAUCAUGUUGCAGCAUUUUCGUGUGCUCCAACUUCCUGGGCUUGCGAGGUUUGUGUCAUAAACCGCGUCAAUGAUUAUGAACUGAAGCUGCAUUUACUUCGCCGCGGAGACAAGGAAUGGUUCCAACACGACAUUCCUUGUUCAGGAAUCGAUACAAUCAAAUGCGCUGCUUACAGGACUGAUGAACAAGAAUUCUACUUUUUCGACAAUAGAGACCGGUUGUUCGUCGUAUUUACUGAUCAUAACCUAGUGGGCUGGAGGUUUUCCAGAUGGUCUCCUGUGGAUCCCACGGGACCCCAGCCAAAAUUCUUUGUCAGCAAGAGUUAUUUCAUGAACACUGACAUGAAGAAGAAGCUGGGGUUGGCAAUGGCAGAACAUGAGGAUGUUUCGUUUUCUACUUGUGGGACACAAAGGAAGUCUGGUGGCAAGGAUAGUUUCGUUUACAAUGAGAGCAUAUCUAGCAACAGUAUUGAAGAAUCCAAGAGCCGUCAACUCAAAGGGGUAUGGAUCUACCCAAAAUUCUACCGAGUCCCUCCAAAAGAAGAGACUUGGUGA